AUGUCAGAAAAGAGAAUAACAUUACCUACAGUACUCAAUUUAGUGUACAAACGUCAAGCAGAUGUUACCGUCGAAAUUAGUAUUGAAACAACAGCUAUGGCCGAGACCACGGCUGAAGAAACAACAGUUGCGGAGACGACCGCUGCAGAAACCACGGUCGAGGAAACUACGGUAGCCGAAACCACAGUAGCUGAAACUACGGCUGCCGAAACUACGGCUGCGGAAACCACAGCUGCGGAAACUACGGCUGCAGAAACUACGGCGGCGGAAACUACCGCAGCAGAAACCACAGCUGCAGAAACCACGGCUGCGGAAACCACUGCUGCGGAAACUACAAUGGCAGAAACUACAGCCGCAGAAACUACCGUUGCAGAAACAACGGCU